UUUGCCAACGACAGGCGUUUGAUGCGGACGCGACGAAGCGAGCGUAAAUAAAACCAAAAAACGUUUCGCGCAAACGCAGACAACAAUAACAAACAUCGAUAAAGUGUGCUUUUGUGGUUAGUUUUGUGUUUUGUGCCAUGUGCCGGGCGCUAAGUUAAAUUUAAAGCAUCAACACAAAAAGCAAAGCUAACGAAAAGUUUGCCAAAAUAGAAAAAACGGUUAACAAAAGCGCAAAAGCUGCUCGCAAAUUGUAAUAAUUUGAAAAAGAAAACAACGAUGACAUAACGAUUUAGCGACUGUUGCGCCUUUAAACUGCAUUAAAAAUUGGACGACAAUAUAAAUUGGAUUUACGAUUCGAUUAUAAAUAAAAUCUACAACAACAAAAACUUAUUUGUAUGCCGGUUUUUUUUUGACAAGUUUGAUACCAGCAUAUAAGACGCAGAAAAAUGAAGGGCUGGUUCGACGCAUUUCGAGACGAUGGCGGUCCAACGCUAUAUUCAUUCUCAAAUCGAACACCCGUUACUGGGGAUGUAUCCAUUGUGGCCGUGUCUGUACUUUUUGCCACAUUCUAUGUGGCAUUCCUGGUCAUAUUUCCGGGUGUAAGAAAACAGAAAUUCACAACAUUCUCGACGGUUACAUUGAGCCUCUUUGUGGGUCUAGUCAUACUGAUCACCCGUUUGGGCUCUGCGUGGCAUGUGGCACAUGCAACCAUCAUUGCACCAUACAAAGCCUUCUCACGCGAGAAGCUGCCGGCACGAAUCGGCACCCACAUUGGCCUCAUGCAUGUCAAUGUAACGCUGACGGCCAUUCCGAUUGGCAAUUGGACACCGCCAGAUAUUGAUUACAAUGAGCGUUUCACGUGGGAGGGCGCCAACGAUAUGAGCGCCAACUAUCGUCUGGCCUUGCAACGGGGAUUACCUUUUCCCAUACUCACAGUGGCCGAGUACUUUAGUCUUGGCCGUGAGGGAUUCUCGUGGGGUGGGCAGUAUCGAGCCGCAGGUUACUUUGCCAGCAUUAUGCUGUGGGCAUCGUUGGCCUCUUGGCUGCUGAUGAAUCUGUUGCUAUUGGCAGUGCCACGAUAUGGCGCCUACCUCAAAGCACUAACAGGUGCGCUCUUGGUCUGCACCGCUAUCGGUUAUCACUGCCUGUUGCCCCAGCGACCGCUGUGUAUAUUCCUGGAGGGCGGUCGCCUAGAGUUUCGUUUCGGCUGGUGUUACUGGCUGGUACUUGUGGCAGGUAUUCUCUGCUUUAUUGUGGGCGUUCUUAUCUCCAUCAUUGAUUUGGUGUGGCCACACACAUUCUCCACUGUGCUGGAGGUGUAUUAUGGCACACCUUAUGAUCGCCAUGUCAUCCUGGAGGAGUCCAGCGAUGUGCGCUAUCGCAAGCCGCGCAAUAGUCGAGGGCUGGAAGAUCCUCCUGGCCUUGGUUCCCGUAUACUCCGCCGCCUGAGUUCAAAGGCACGUGACAUGCAGGCCACAGCGCCUCGACGUGGCAGCCCUGCUGGUGUCUCUAGCAGCGGUGUUGAAAAUAAGGCCUUUCAGGGUGAUGUUCCCAAGAGUCCCUGGCGCCAUCCCUUCCGCCGUGCCCAGCACUUACCACAUUCACAGCACUCCGUACAUCAUGCUGCACACCCACAACCGCAUCAACAUCAGCACCAGCAUCAUCAUCAACAACAGCUGCAAUUUGUGGGCGGUGGUCCGGUGGUGACGCAUCCCAUGCACCACAUGCAACGCACGCUGUCGCAGGAUUCCGGCUCUAGCAUCGCCUCCGCCGCAAUGCAAAUCUCACCACUGCAUAAGCAUACACUGUCGAGAAUGCUGCCUAAUCCGCCCGUAGAGCGUAUACGUGAUAUGGAUCACUGGUGAUAUGGAUGAAGAACCCAACAAAAUCCUCAGCUUAUGCCUCAUCGAAUUAUUGACAAAAAAAACAAACAAAGAAAAAAGUUAGCAACAAAAAAAAACUCUUAUUGACAAAAAACGCUACAAAACAAUUUGUGAUAAUUUCUUAAUUUAAACAACAAAAACUAAAAGAAAUGGAAAGAUAGAAACGAAAAUUUUAUAAAUGACAAAAUCGCAUUAACUUUUACCUGACGUACUUAUAAAAAUUUGCUAAAUUUAAUGCUCUAACUUUAAUUAAAUUAUUUUUAAUGUUUAAGUCAAAAACAAAAUUUUUGUAAUCAGCGCAGCUUGAUAACGAGCUGAAGCAUCGAGAUGCUCUUUAGUGAUGUUCAUUUGUGAUAAGAUAAAUAUGUAUAAAUCUGCCACACGACGGACACAGAAGCGUGCAUUUUAGCUGUUAAUCAAAUUAGAAAAAAUCGAUUGCGUCCACUUAUUUCGGAUACUGAGUUAAUUAAGAAUUAUGCCUAAAAUGAAUUCCAUGCCAGUGUAUGUAACAAUUAGCUUAACGAAACUAUUCUUUACAAAAUUCGUGUAAUCAUGUAAUCGUGAAAACUUUGUUUUUAAGAUGUGACGAUGUUUUUAAAUAUAUGUAGCAACAAAUGCAACGAUAGUA